ACCUGGCGAAUUUGGACGCGGAUGUUAAUAUUUUGUGUAAUCGGGAAUAGCUACACUGUGCUUUUUCCUCUAAAUUCCCUUCUUGUUCAAGAAGAAGAGUUUCAAUAAGUCUCCUAGCCUAUGUGCCAGAUUAAAAUGUCCACAAACAGCAUGAAGAAGCCCGACACGCAUUUAGCACAGAAGCGUUCACAUGGAUCUCAUGACAGGAACGAAGUCCAAUACAAUGGCCUGAUAAAUCAAGGCGCCACUUGCUACUUAAAUGCAGUAUUGCAGUCUCUGUUCAUGACCCCAGAGUUCAGAGAGGCAGUGGGGCGUCAAGCUCCUGGAGAUUGUGGUGAGGAAAAUCUCUUGCUACAACUUCAGAAGCUGUUUACAAAGCUGUCAGAAAAUGCAGCCACAACUGAAGGAAUAACCAGGAGUCUUGGAAUUAGAAAUGUUUAUGAGCAACAAGAUGCAGUGGAGUAUUAUAGGAAGAUUUUAAAAGCAGUGGGGACACAAGCCUCUAAGGUCUUUGAAGGGAAAAUCAACAACAUAACAAAAUGUGGCCAAUGUGGCAAUGACACCACAGAAACCAGCACGUUCAUCUCAAUACUGCUGUCUAUUGAUGCUGGAAAUGAUAAGUAUGAUAUGGGGAAAAGCCUGAAGACCUUCUUUGAACAUUCAAAACUAGAAGAGGAUGACUGGAUGUAUUGUGAAAUAUGUGACCAGAAAACAGAAACAGAAACUUGGAGUAAAAUAGAUGAAUAUCCUACUGUUCUCACUCUGCAUCUGAAGAGGUUUGACUUUGAUUACAUACAGAUGAGAUACAAGAAGAAUGAAUGUCGCCUGGAUGUACCUCUAAGUCUACCCAAAGAGGAUAGUUGGCCUAAAUAUGAUCUGUAUGCCGUUAUAAAUCAUGUGGGUGGAUACAGUAGUGGACACUACAAUACAAUCAUCAGAUCUUUUGAAAAUGGGACAUGGUACUGUUUUGAUGACUACAAUGUAACACAGACUUCAGAAGCAUCACUGGAAAAUUCAAGCCUACCAUACAUGCUGAUGUACAGAAAAUCAGUGUUGAACCCAGACAGCAUCAAAACGGCAGUGUUGAACCCAGACAGCAUCAAAACGGCAGUGUUGAACCCUGGCAGCAUUGAAACGGCAGUGUUGAACGCAGACAGCAUCGAAACUGCAGCAUUGAUCCCAGAGAGCAUCGAAACGGCAGCAUUGAUCCCAGAGAGCAUCGAAACUGCAGCAUUGAUCCCAGAGAGCAUCGAAACGGCAGCGUUGAACCCUGGCAGCAUCGAAACGGCAGCGUUGAUCCCAGAGGGCAUCCAAAUGGCAGUGUUGAACCCAGACAGCAUCAAAACUGCAGCGUUGAACCAUGACAGCAUCAAAACAGCAGCAUUGAUCCCAGAGAGCAUCGAAACGGCAGCGUUGAACCCUGGCAGCAUCGAAACGGCAGCGUUGAACUCUGGCAGCAUCAAAACGGCAGCGUUGGACCCUACCAGGAUCGAAAUGGCAGUGUUGGACCCUGGCAGCAUCGAAAUGACAGCAUUGAACCCUGGCAGCAUCAAAACGGCAGCAUUAAAACCUGGCAGCAUCGAAACGGCAUCGUUGAACCCAGACAACAUCAAAACGGCAGCGUUGAACCAUGACAGCAUCAAAGCAGCAUUGAUCCCAGAGAGCAUCGAAACGGCAGCGUUGAACCCAGACAGCAUCAAAACGGUAGCGUUGAACCCUGGCAGCAUCGAAACGGCAGCGUUGAUCCCAGACAGCAUCAAAACAGCAGCAUUCAUCCCAGAGAGCAUCGAAACGGCAGCGUUGAACCCAGACAGCAUCGAAACGGCAGCGUUGAACCCAGACAGCAUCAAAACAGCAGCAUUGAUCCCAGAGAGCAUCGAAACUGCAGCGUUGAACCCAGGCAGCAUCAAAACAGCAGCAUUGGUUCCAGAGAGCAUCGAAAUGGCAGCAUUGAACCCAGACAGCAUCGAAACGGCAGCGUUGAACCAUGACAGCAUCAAAAUAGCAGCGUUGAACCAUGACAGCAUCGAAACUGCAGCAUUGAUCCCAAACAGCAUCGAAACUGCAGCGUUGAACCAUGACAGCAUCAAAACGUCAGUGUUGAACCCAGACAGCAUCGAAACAGCAGCGUUGAACCCUGGCAGCAUCGAAACAGCAGCGUUGAACCCAGACAGCAUCGAAACAGCAGCGUUGAACCCAGACAGCAUCGAAACGGCAGCGUUGAACCCAGACAGCAUCGAAACAGCAGCGUUGAACCAUGACAGCAUCGAAACGGCAGCGUUGAACCCAGACAGCAUCGAAACAGCAGCGUUGAACCCAGACAGCAUCGAAACAGCAGCGUUGAACCCAGACAGCAUCGAAACGGCAGCGUUGAACCCAGACAGCAUCAAAACGGCAGCGUUGAACCAUGACAGCAUCGAAACGGCAGCGUUGAACCCAGACAGCAUCGAAACGGCAGCGUUGAACUCAGACAGCAUCAAAACGCCAGCGUUGAACCAUGACAGCAUCGAAAUGGCAGCGUUGAACCCAGACAGCAUCAAAACGGCAGCGAUGAACCCAGACAGCAUCGAAACGGCAGCGUUGAACCCAGACAGCAUCGAAACGGCAGCGUUGAACCCAGACAGCAUCGAAACGGCAGCGUUGAACCCAGACAGCAUCGAAACGGCAGCGUUGAACCCUGACAGCAUCGAAACGGCAGCGUUGAACCCAGACAGCAUCGAAACGGCAGCGUUGAACCCAGACAGCAUCGUAACGGCAGCGUCGAACCCUGACAGCAUCAAAACAGCAGCAUUGAUCCCAGAGAGCAUCGAAACGGCAUCGUUGAACCCAGACAGCAACGAAAUGGCAGCGUCGAACCCAGACAGCAUCGAAACGGUAGCUGGGAAAAGUACAGUUGGCAACAUCAUCCUUGGUGGAAACCACUUUCCUAGCAAAAGUGGAUCGGAGACUGUGACGAAAGAGUCCAUGGUAAAGACAGUGGAAAAUGUCACUGUAGUGGACACUCCUAAUCUCUUUUCCCUCUUUUGGAACAAGGAAAUGAAGAAGUGUGUUAAGUUAUCUGACCCUGGCCCCAAUGUAAUUCUCUGGGUAACACCAGUAUCUAAAUUCAGUGAGCAACAACAAGGUCUUUUCCACACCUUCAAAAAAAGACUAGAUCCAAGAACCACAAAACGUAUGAUGAUUAUCUUCAAACAUGGCAGAGAGCUUAAAAACCUUGGGCAACGCAUUGACAGGUUUAUUUCGUACUGCAAAAAGCUCUUUAAAGUGGUUCGUUGUUGUCAGAACAGGUACCAUGUUGACAUCACUGAUGGUCACAAGUACACCUCAGAACUGCUUGAAAAACUCAGCGAGAUGGUGACAUCAAAGGAAGCAACUGCAAUUACACAAACGCAAUUGAAGUGUUUAAGAAGAAGAAGAAGUCUUAAGAAGAAGACCAAAAAAAGGUGAAUAAUGAGAAAACUAAUGCUUGAAAUGUGGUGAAACAUUGAAUGUUCAGAAUGUUUCAGAUCUGAUUUUUAACUACUACUUUUGGUGAUUUUGUUACUUACAUAUUGAUAAAUGAUUACAAUUUUUCAUGGUGUUUCUUAUACAUUGAAUAUGAAUUCUGAUAUAAAAAUGAAUAUAUCACAAUUUAUAACAUUAUAAAGCACAUGUUGAAAAUGUUAAGUUGGAUUAGAAAAAAGCAAACGAAGCAAA